CAACCAGUACAUUAUUAAUUGUUUAUUAGGACACUAAUUAAAAUUUUAAUUUAGGGUUAUUAAAUUUAACUCUAUUCGCGUUCAUUGAUUCAUUCACGAAUCAGGCAUCGAGAAUUUACUUGCGUGAAAAAGAAGAAUAUUUCCUUUUCCAUGGAGUAUUAGAGACCACUAGACCACAAUAGACGAGAGAGUCAACCCUUCUGAGUCUUUCAUAAUCUCUGCAAAAUCUUGGCUUAGGGGAGUCAAAAUGAGCUCAGUGUUACAGGGCUUUACGAAGUCUCUUGCCAUCACUAUGCUAUCGGAAAUCGGCGACAAUACGUUUUUUGCCGCCGCGAUAUUGGCAAUGCGUCACCCAAGGAGAUUUGUUUUAUCAGGUUGCCUAGCGGCUUUAAUUGUGAUGACGAUUCUUUCUGCCCUUGUUGGUUGGGCUGCUCCAAAUCUUAUCGCUCGUAAAUGGACCCAUCACAUAACAACAUUGUUGUUUUUUGGAUUUGGUUUGUGGUCGUUGUGGGAUGCAUUCAGGGGCGAAGGGGAGGCCGAAGAGUUGGCUGAAGUUGAAGCAAAAUUGGAUGCUGACUGGAAAGCUAACAAGGGAACAGCAAAAGACGGCAGCAAGGCUGAUGAUGAUUCGAAAAAGAAGGGGCGGCCAUUUCUCUCGCAGUUCUUCUCUCCCAUAUUUUUGAAGGCAUUUUCAAUCACUUUCUUCGGCGAGUGGGGUGACAAGAGCCAGCUCGCUACCAUUGGUUUAGCCUCAGACGAGAAUCCAUUUGGGGUGGUUCUCGGUGGAGUUCUGGGACAGGCAUUGUGUACAACUGCUGCUGUCCUUGGAGGAAAGAGCUUGGCAUCUCAAAUAUCGGAGAAAUUAGUUGCACUAUCAGGUGGCGUUCUUUUCAUUGUUUUUGGGAUCCAGUCCUUUCUUUCAACGGUGGAGUCUUAGUGUCCAACAUCUUAACAAUGGAUUGAAAGCGGGGUUAGGCGAAUUAGAAACUCCAGAGACAAUAAUUGAAUUGUCAUUUGGUGCUUGAGAUUAUCAUUUUCUAGGAGGCUGAUGAAAUUUCAUCAGAACCAACUGAUUCAAAGCUGUAAUAUUGCUCAGAAGGGCCAGGAUAAGUUAAAUUGUGGCAUCCUUGGCAUAGCUGAUAGUAGUGUUUCUUUCUCUCUACUAUUGUUCAAUGUCAUCUGAAUUAUAUUUGUUAGAUCUUGGUAUGUCCAUCUCAGACAACCCCUUUUGAGAA